AUGGUUUAUGAUGUUGUCAGACAAUUGAAACAACAACGCGAUCGUUUGAAACAAUAUAAACGGCGAAUCCAAACUCAACUUGAAAAAGAACGUGAAGUUGCCAUAGAAUUAAUAAAAAAUGGCCGAAAAGAUCGUGCACUGCUAUUAUUACGAAAAAAACGUAUGCUCGAAGCACAAUUGAACAAAUCCGAAGGCAUACUUGAUAAUGUUGAACAAUUAGUACAUGAAUUAGAAUUUGCGCAAGUUGAAGUAAAUGUUGUAAAUAGUUUAAGACAAGGAACAGAUGCUUUGAAGAAAAUGAAUGAAAUGUUAAAAUUAGAAGAUGUAGAAAAAUUAAUGGAGGAGACGCGAGAAGCAGCGGAAUAUCAAGAGGAAUUGACAAACGCUUUAUCUGGUAAUUUGAGUCGUACAGAUGAACAAGAUGUAUUGGAUGAAUUAGAAGAAAUAUUAAGAGAAGAAACAGGAGGAGAGGCUAUUUAUUUACCAGAUGUUCCAGUGCAUUCAUCUACACGUGAAGUGUUUGAAAAAAAGAUGGAUAAGCGUCAAUUUACGAACCUAAUUGGUUUACUGUUGGCCAUAUUUAUGGUUAUUUCCAUGUUAUGGGGUAUAAGUUUUGAAAUGGAAGAAAUUGUCACUGAUGAAAGUUUGGCUGUGGCUUUGGCUUACGGUGGAAAAUACAAAUUUUUGACUAUACUCAAUAUGUAUCUACAACUGAUUUAUUUUAUAAUUUGUAUCAUUAACUAUUUUAUUGGUUCUAAUAAUAAGAACAAUAAAAAACGAUCGUUGACUCAAAAAAUUAGAGAUUAUAUAUAUGCUACUGCUGCCUUUCCAAUGGGAACUUUUGUUGCAAUUACAUUCUGGAGUAUCUAUAUUAUCGAUCGAGAAAUGAUAUGUCCAGCUGAAUUUGAAAAAUUAAUUACACCGAUGUUAAACCAUUGUAUGCAUACAUUGCCAGCAAUUGGUGUUCUAUUAGAAUGUUUUUUUCAUAAUCAUCAAUAUCCGUCACGCACACUAGGAAUUAUAACAGUUGUAUUAUUGUCUAUUGCAUAUAUAAUCUGGGUCUAUUGGAUUUAUCACAAUGCUGCAGUAUGGGUUUAUCCAUUUUUUAAAUUUCUUCCAUUUUGGUAUCGGAAGUUAUUUUUUCUUGGUUCUACCUUACUCAGUGUUGCAUUAUAUUAUGUUGGGGAAUAUUAUAAUCGUUUAAUAUCAGGUGCGUCUUCAAAACACAAACGAUCGUAA